CUUGCUCACAUGGGCGUCUUUUUCCCCCCCUUGCCUUACUCUUCCCCUCCCGAAGCGGUUGGCCUGCCUGUCUCGCUCGGGACGAGCUUUCUGGUGAAGAAGAGAUACGCCAGUGAGGGUGGAGGUGAAGUUAGGAACAUUCAGGCAGGUUGGAUAAUCUAGCACCUCACUUGUUAUAUCACUUUGAUGUCCAGUUCGCGAGAUUCCUGUUUCGGGUCAUGUUAGUCGCCGUGUUCUGGCAGGAGGCGGGGGUAGGGCGGGUUGCAGGUCAGGAUAUGUUGGAUGGCCAGCGAGGGUUCCGGAUUCUCAAAACCUAGUGCUGUCGAAUAUGCUAGCCUUAUAGCCGAGGUUUCGGCAUGUGAUACAACCGCCCCAGACACUUGAAUCUGUUGAAGCGGAACGUGUACGCUUGCACGGAACCAAUGCCAUUCAAACCCGAGAACCAACAGCAUUAGGGUCUCGCUAUGCAGGAAAGUGUUGUUCAAGGAAGACUCUAAAUCUUCAACUGGAAGGUUGAAGAACCUGUUUGUUGAGGUCUAGUGCGGGUCUUCAUCAACCUACCAUUUUGCCAUGCAGCCUAACAAUGGCGAACCUAUGGCUAUCUUUUCACCGGGAGUGCUGGACAGUAGCGGCUAUGGUUCGUUGCUUGGGUGCUUCAGCGCCGCACCAAUUGACUUGCCCGAGGUGGAGCUGAAACGAGGAAAGCGAAAUUCGAGGAAAGUGUGGAAAGAUGCCAUACCAAUGGGAAUCGAGGAGAGUAACGAUGUUGAGUUUUCACCCGACGGAAGAUUGAAUUGGACGGAGCCUGAGGUUUGGAAGGAACAUGAGAGCAUGAAGAUAUUGGAGAGUAGCAAGGACAAGAGUAGAAAGGAAAAGAGGAAGGAGAAGCAUGACUACAGUUCCGAUGAGGAAAGGAAAGACGGUAGGAAGCGAAGGCGCAGAGAUAUCGAGACAGCUGUGCCCUGGACAGAGGAGAUGGUGAAAUAUUUAUUUGAAACAUACGACGACGUGCACCGAAGGCUAUACAUCGAGAGCAGAGGCAAGGUGAAGAACCAGAAGAAAUGGGAUCCUAUCAUUAAAACAAUGCAGGAGAAAUUCGGCCGGAUAUUCACGAAAAACCAGUGCGAGAGCAAGUACUGGAAAGUGCGCCGUGAAUGCGCCAAGUAUAAACUCAGAUUGGAGAAGCGCGCACAGCAUGAGAAAGAUGCGUACCCUAGCAAGGCCGUUCGGGAGCUCCUGAAGCCCAAAUUGUAUGACGUCUGGCUCGAAUUUGCCGGGGGAAAGUCUGUUCGCAUGCCUGAGAAUGAAGUUUCCUCAGGGUCCGAGGAUGAGACUGCACCCGAGUUUGCGAUCUCAACUCCUGCCAAUGACGAUGACCAAGUCGGUGACGGAAACGAAGAAGAUGGCGAAGCAAGCCAUCACCGUCACUCCGCAAGCUGCGCUAUUGUCCGCGAAAUGCAGCAACUCAUAACCAGGCGCGUGGAAGCCUCGGAAAAGCGCGAGGAAGCGCUCAACAUCCGUGCAGAGCUCACCAUGGAGCUCUUACGGCAGCACAUGGAGAGGAUGGAGCGUACAGGUCACACGGGAGACGACGCUCGGCAGCGCCAGCUGCAAAUGAUCGAGGGCGUGGACAACAAGCUUGACAGGCUUGUGAAUGGCCUGGGAGCCUUAAACACCAACAUCGGUGCCAUCAUCGGCAGUCUCACACCCACACAACGCUAGACUCCGCACGUCCUCGCAAUCCCCUCAUCCCCAUCCCACCGCAUUCCCACAACGCAAAAUGGGAUUCACAGUGAUGGAGAAGUUUGCAGCUAGCGACAGAUUGCUCAUGGAGACGAUGGUGUUAGCUGAUGCUGCUGCUAGUUGACGCUUUGUAUGUUCUGUGCUCUGUAGAUAGAUUAAGUGAUUAGGUUACUAUUACCUUCGCAACGCCUGCAUGUCCAUGUCUUCUCAUGCACAUCAGGUGGGAAACGGAGAGAGUGAUGGAGUCUCAGCGAUGGCUUGCUUAGUUUCUCAGAUAAACUUGACCGCUGCUGCUGCUGCUGCCGCCCUGAAGUGGUGCAUUGAACUGAGCUGAACUGAGUAGCCUCGGUCAUAGCAGUUCUGCCUAUGAACCUUUUGCAUGAAUUAGUAGUAAUUUUGCUUUUUCCAGCACAUAUUAAUUAGCGUAAUUUUUUCUUUUGCUGUGGUAUUAUUGGUGGCACCAGACCCAAGUGCAAUUUGGGGGUUUAUUAAAAGUUAUGACAGGAGGUUUCCAAACUC